AUGCCCGACUCCCUCCUCACCAACACCUCCUACCUGUCCGCCGCGCAGAACAGCGAACUGCCCUCCACCGCCCUCCACUACCUCGACACCGCCCUCUCCUACAUCCAGAAAAUCCCCGGCUCCUCCAUCGUCAUCCGCUACAUCAAGACCUCCCACCAGAACGACCCCGUCCGCACUGUCAUCGAACUCUUCCUCUUUAUCUUCGCCGUCCGCUACCUCCUCGCCCCCACCUACAGCACCAAGAAGACCAAGAACGUCUCGCUCUCGGAAGAAGAGAUCGAAGAGCUGGUCGAGGACUGGACCCCUGAGCCGCUCGUCAGCGACGUCACCGAGUUCGAGCGCGUGGAGAACGAGCGACGACCGGUGAUUGUCGGACCGGCAGGGCCGAAAGUGAAGCUGCUCAAUGGACGGACCGUGACGAAUCUGGCGAGUUACAACCACUACAACUUCGCCAACAACCCGGAUCUCACGCAAAAGGCCGUCAACACCGUGCGCACGUAUGGCGUGGGCCCUUGCAGUCCGCCUGGGUUCUACGGAACGCAGGACGUGCAUAUGAAGAGCGAGGCGGAUAUCGCGAGCCAUGUUGGCUUGCCGGCUGCGAUCAUCUACGCGCAGAGCUUCAGUACGAUUUCGAGUGUGAUUCCGGCGUUUAUGAAGAGGGGAGAUAUCAUUGUUGCGGAUAAAGCGGUCAAUUAUCCUAUUCGCAAGGGGUUGCAGAUCUCGAGGAGCCAGGUGCGGUGGUAUGAGCAUAAUGAUAUGGACGAUCUGGAGCGAGUGCUGCAGCGGCUGGUGAAGGAGGGCCAGGGCAAGCAGUUGACGAGACGGUUCAUUGUGACGGAGGGCUUGUUUGAGUGCGUGGGAGACAUGGUCGAUCUGCCUCGAAUAGUGGAGCUGAAGAUGAAGUACAAGUUCCGGAUCCUGCUGGACGAGACGUGGUCGUACGGUGUUCUCGGGCGGAGCGGACGCGGCGUCACGGAGCAUCAGAACGUCGACCCUACGAACGUGGACAUGAUCAUCGGUGGUCUCGCUGGCGCGCUGGCUUCUGGCGGUGGCUUCUGCGCUAGCACGGAAGAGAUCGUCGAGCACCAACGGCUGAGUGCCGCCUCGUACACGUUCUCUGCGGCGCUACCGGCUUUCCUUGCGACUACAGCGAGCGAGACCGUGAGCAUGUUGCAGGAGCAGCCGAACAUUAUUCAGAGCUUGCGGGAAAACAUCAAGACCAUGUGGACGAUGUUGGAUCCGAGGAGCGACUGGGUGAGGUGCACGAGCAGUCAGGACAAUCCGGUCAUGCUGCUUGUGCUGAAGGACCAGCAUGUGGAGGAGAGAGCGCUUUCGACCGCAGACCAGGACAGUCUGCUGCAGGACUGUGUUGAUGAGGCUCUCGCCAAUGGCGUUCUCAUCACCCGCCUUAAAGGCAUGCCAUCCCCACUCGGCGUCGCUCCGCGCGAUCUCCAAAAGGAGUGGCAGCCUCGUCCAGCGCUCAAAGUCUGCGUGACAAACGCUCUGUCCAGAAAGGAGACCGAACGAGCAGGGACCGUGAUCCGGCACGCGAUCACUACAGUCAUGCGCGGGAAGAAGUGGCAGCGACAAAGCUGA